AUGCAGUUUCCAUUGCUCAUCGCUGCCCUUGUCGGUGACGCGGUCGCAAUUCACGCCGUUGCGGUCACCUCGCAGGACCCAUACGCCUGCAACGCUGUGAGCGGCGUCGACAUCGCGUGGGCCGAGGACGAGAAUAGCAUUCACGCCGAUUUUCCCGACAUCAGCCUCACCGUUUACCCUCCGGCCCACGGCAACGAGAACGGCCAGUCGACGGUGGGUUGCGGCGCGGCCGUGGAAUUCGCGGACUGGUCUAGCGGACAACGGUUUGCCGUCUCCAACGUCACCAUCCGCGCCAGCAACCUCAACUUGCCCGGGGACAACGACCUCUAUACCAUCAAAGCCAGCGUCGACUUCCAAGUCGUGGACCUGCUGAACUACUACCCCAUUCAGUACCCUCUGCAGUUGAACUACGCCUCGUCCUCUCUUCUCGACAUUGAUGUGGACUCUGGCAUCGGCAACGGCAGCUUUGUCGGCCCGUACGAACAGUAUGUGGAAAACGCCAAGACGGUGUGGUCCCCAUGCUUCAACGGAUACUUGUCCAAUACUACCACGAUGGUCUUCGCGCUGUCUGCUGAAACUGUAAAGGGAGGCACCAGCGAUGCUGGCUGGUCUAUGGAUCUCGGUAUUGUCUGGGAGGACUGCUACUACCCCGACCAGGGCGUCUGGGGCCAGACGGUUCUGACGAACUGGGAGAGCUGCUCCUUCUCAGACAACGGCACCAAGAGAGAGCGGUGCUAG